UCCAAUUCUCUCGUUUUCCAGGAUGCGUUACGUCGCAGCUUACCUUCUAGCAGUCCUCGGUGGCAACGAGUCUCCCACUUCAAAGGACUUGAAAAAGAUCCUCGACAGCGUUGGCAUAGAGACAGACGAUGAACGCAUGAACAAGGUUAUUAGUGAGCUGAAUGGAAAAAAUAUCGAAGAUGUCAUUGCUCAGGGUAAUGGAAAACUUGCCAGCAUGCCGGCUGGGGGAGCUGUGGCGGUGUCUGCUGGAGGGGGCUCUGCUGCUCCUGCUGCAGCUGCUGCCCCUGCUGCCGCUGAGGAGAAGAAAGAGGAGAAGAAGGAGGAAUCUGAAGAAUCUGACGAUGACAUGGGAUUCGGCCUAUUUGAUUAAUUAUUUGUUAUAGAGAAAUUAUUAAAAUGCUUUGUUAAAAAUAUU